CCUUCCUCUCUCCCCAACCAACUCAUUCGUCUCAUCCGCUCACUCACUCAACAAGAAUGUUGUCUGCCACCGCUGCUGCCCGCUUGCCGACUCACCUUCGUCUCGCAGGAGCAAGAACUCUCAACAGACUGCAGCCACGAGCGCUUUCAAAGGUCGUUCUCACCCCGCCUCAAAUUCUCCAUGCAGGCUUCUCUACAUUCCCCAAAGCAGCUUAUGCCUCGGCUGUAACUGGAGAGAAAAAGCCCUUCACCUCAGACAAGUACCCAUAUCUGAAGAGGGAUCACUCCUUCAAGAAGCUAACGGAUCAGGACAUUGAAUACUUCAAGUCCAUCCUCGCGCCCUCGGGUGUGUCGCAGGACGAGGAAGAUCUUGAGGCGUUCAACAUCGACUGGAUGCAAAAGUACCGCGGACAGUCCAAGUUGGUGCUGAAGCCAUCGUCCACAGAGCAGGUCUCCAAGAUCCUGAAUUACUGCAAUGAGAACAGGUUGGCAGUAGUCCCCCAAGGAGGAAACACAGGCCUUGUAGGAGGCGGAGUGCCAGUGUUUGACGAGAUUAUCAUUUCGACUGCAAACAUGAACUCUGUCAGGAGCUUUGAUGCCGUCUCUGGCGCACUGGUGUGCGAUGCUGGGUGUAUUUUGGAAGUGCUUGACAACUAUCUUGCCGAAAGAGGAUACAUUAUGCCACUGGAUCUUGGCGCAAAAGGAAGCUGCCAUAUCGGAGGCAAUGUAGCUACGAAUGCCGGGGGACUGCGACUCUUGCGUUAUGGAUCGCUUCACGGAACUGUUCUCGGCCUGGAAGUGGUCUUGCCCGAUGGAACAAUCUUGGACAAUCUUUCGACUUUACGCAAGGACAAUACCGGAUAUGACUUGAAGCAGCUCUUUAUCGGUUCAGAGGGAACGUUGGGUAUUGUCACCGGAGUCUCCAUUGCAGCCCCAAAACGAUCCAAGGCCGUCAACGUUGCAUUGUUGGGCGUCAGUAGUUUUGAGCAGGUCCAGGCUGCAUACAAGAGAUCCAGGGAUGAGCUCUCGGAGAUUUUGUCAGCUUUCGAGUUCUUUGACAGGGCAUCGAUCGAUCUGGUCAAGAAGCACCUGGUUGCAGGAAAGAACGACCCAUUAGAAUCGCCCCAUCCCUUCUACGUCUUGAUCGAGACUAGUGGAAGCAACAAGGAUCAUGAUGACGAGAAGCUGAACAACUACCUGGAGGGUCUACUGACGGACGAUGUUGUUCAGGAUGGUGUUGUUGCACAGGAUACGACCCAGUUCAAGAACCUGUGGGCGAUCCGUGAGGGUAUUCCUGAAGCCUGCUCGAAGACAGGAGCGGUGUACAAGUACGAUCUGUCGAUCCCUGUCCCAGUUUUCUAUCAAAUGGUUGAGGACAUGCGCGCCAGACUGGAUGACGCUGGCGUAUUAGGCGAGGACAAGGAUGUGGACUGCGUCGUCGGCUUUGGACACAUUGGUGAUGGCAACCUACAUCUAAACAUUGCGGCCAAGGGCUACUCGGAGAAGGUCGUUAACGUUAUUGAGCCAUAUGUCUACGAGUGGACCUCCAAGCACGCGGGAUCAGUCUCGUCUGAACAUGGUCUGGGUCUUUUCAAGGCCCCGCAUCUGCACUACUCCAAAUCACCAUCGAUGAUUUCCAUGAUGAGGAGGAUCAAGGAUAUGAUUGACCCCAACGGCAUCAUGAACCCAUAUAAAUACCUGCCCGAGAAAUAGGGGAGUCACAUAAAAUACCUUCACCCAACAAUAAAAUACACACAGCAUGAGUGCAUAGACGAUCAGCAUACCGCCACAUAUUGAACCUUAGAUACUGU